CUCUCGCUUUGCGGCGGAGGAGGGUUUUAGUUAGUAGUUUUCGUUUUGGCUGCUUAAUGCGACUGCUGCUACUAGUUUACUACCUAGCAGUUACUACUGCAGCCUUUUUCUUUUUUCUUCCCUCCUUUCUUUCUCUCUCUCUCUCUUUAGCUGUAUUUUCUUCCUUGCGUGAGCAUAUAUAUAUACACACACACAUACGCAUCUGUUGAUAUUGAUAUAGAAAAGGGUUUUUAGGGUUUUUCUCUCUCCUCUCUCCCUCGCUACCCUCUCUCAAUAGCGCCAUGGAUAGGUACCAAAAGGUUGAGAAACCAAAGCCCGAGUCUCCCAUUAACGAGAAUGAGAUCCGUAUCACUUCUCAGGGCUUGGUCCGCAGCUACAUCAGCUACGCCACUAAUCUUCUUCAGGAGAAGCGUGGAAAAGAGAUUGUCUUGAAAGCAAUGGGACAGGCAAUAAGCAAGACUGUGGCUAUUUCUGAGAUUAUCAAGAGAAGACUUCCUCGAUUGCACCAAGACACUGCGAUCAGUUCUGUCAGCAUUACCGAUGUGUGGGAACCCAUUGAAGAGGGUCUUUUGCCUGUGGAGCAGACUCGGCAUGUCUCCAUGAUUUCAAUCACAUUGUCAUAUAAGGAGCUGAACAAAAAUUCCCCUGGUUACCAAGCUCCUCCAUCUGAGCAAACUAGGUCUCAGUAUAACUAUCAGCAACAGCAGCAGCAGCCACCCAGACAAUCACGUGCAAUUUACAAUGCUGGUAAUGAAGAUUCAUAUGGGCGAGGGCGGGGCCGUGGUAGGGGGAGAGGACGAGGUUGGGGCAGAGGUGGAUAUGCAAAUUAUCAAGAGAAUGGUGGCUAUUCAAACUGGGGUGGCCGUGGCGGGGGCCGUGGAGGUGGAUAUGGCUAUCGUGGUGCUGGAUAUGGUAGAGGGAGAGGUGGAGGUGGAGGUGGCAGAGGCUAUGGUCGCGGGCGUGGUCGCAUGGGUCCCCGUCCUAGGGGUGGAGGGAACCAAGCAUAAUUGCGGACUGGUAGUUUUGUUUGCUUUAAGCUUAAUGCUUGCCUUGGAUUAGGUGGUUGUUUUCAGAGUUCAUGUUUACGAUAGCUUGAUAAUUGUGGGUUACUUAAUCAUCCAGGGGUUCUAAGUGGUGAUUUUAUUGUUUUCUAUGAUGAAGCAAGCAAGGGCAAGCUUGUCUGAAAUAUUACCUUUUCAAAGCCAAGAGCGAAUAGCCCAAGUAUUUCAGAUUGCUUUGUUCAUUUGACUCCCUUAGGACCACAAAUAUGUUUUUGUAUCUAGUUCAAUAUUUCAUCUUUUGCCCCAUAUUCAUCUUUUAUGUUCAACACUUGUGCCCGGUA